CUCUAAAUCAGUUGAUCGUGCUACUUAGUGCCGAGUGGACGUAAGAAUUUGAACAACCGAAAAUACACAGUGCCCAAUUCAUCGCAGAACAUCACGUAACAUUUUGUUUACCAUUGAUUAAGUUUAUAAACUUAUUCCAACUUAAGGAUAUAUCGCAACAAGAAAAUCAUGAAGUUGAAGUACUUUCAACUGAUUGCUUUGUUACUAUGUGCAACGCUUGCUUUGGCCAAAGAAGAGCUUGACGUUGACAUAGAUGACCUAGGUCAAGAUGACUUAGAUGAUUUGGUUCGUGAUGAGGAACUCCUUCGUGAAAUUGAAGAAGAACAACUACACAAAGAUUUGGUCCGUGAAAAUGAAAGAGCUGCUGAAAUUGCCGCUGAUCUUGCACAACAAAUGAUUGACAACCAUGCACCAAUCCUACUUGAUCCAUGCGCAAAAAUCCAUUGCGGUGCUGGUCGAGUUUGUCAAGCCGAUGGAACAACUGCAGAGUGUGUGUGCAUUUCAGAAUGCCCACAACAAACUGAUCCACGACGAAUGGUUUGCACCAACAAAAACCAAACCUGGAACUCAGACUGUGAAGUUCAUCGUGAACGUUGCCUAUGCGACACAGAUGAUGCUCGCUGCAAAUCGGCCGAUUUAAAACACAUCCACAUUAACUACUACGGAGAAUGCAAGGAAAUUCCAGCCUGUAGCGAUGAAGAAAUGAGCGAUUUCCCAAGACGUAUGCGUGAUUGGUUGUUCAAUGUGAUGAAUGACUUGGCACAGAAUGAUGAAUUCCCAUCGAAAUACAAGAAUUUGCAAACCGAAGCCGAAACCAAUAUGACCCGUCGCUGGGCCAAUGCUGCUAUAUGGAAAUGGUGCGAUUUGGAUGGCCAUCCACAUGAUCGUUCCGUCUCACUUCACGAACUGUUCCCAAUCCGUGCACCAUUGAUGUCAUUGGAACACUGCAUCGCACCAUUCCUUGAGUCAUGCGAUCCAGACGGCAACCAUCGUGUCACACUUCAAGAAUGGGGCAAAUGCUUGGAAUUGGAUGAGGGCGAUAUGGAGUACCGUUGUGAAGAGAUUGGCAAAGCCAACGAAUAAUUAAUUUCGAUAACAAUGAGAAAUUCCUCGUAUGCGUAAUGCAUAUACGCAAACACAUGUGUUGUGUGUGACAUGCACACACACACGCACACAAGAAUAUGCCAAAAAUUUGUAAUUUUCAUCGAAUAAAGUCAAUAGACACAAAAAACA